CAUCCCACUCCUCGCUCCGCUAGGACGAUUUGCUCGCGGCGCUUUCUCUCUAUAAAGUUGUUGUUGCGGCUUCCGCCGCGGGUGGAGGAAGAUGGCGUCGGGUGGUGGUGGCUGUAGCGCUUCGGAAAGACUCCCUCCGCCUUUCCCCGGCCUGGAGCCGGAGUCCGAGGGGGCGGCCGGGGGUUCAGAACCCGAGGCUGGGGACAGCGACACUGAGGGGGAGGACAUUUUCACCGGCGCGGCGAUAGAAACAUCUCCCUCUCAAAAGAGAUCAAGUCAACAAGAGGAUAUAACCUUGAGUAAGCCCCAGUAUCCAAAGAGAAUUACUUCCUUUCCUAUCAGCAAUGGCUCCAAAGAAAAUGGAAUCCAUGAAGAACAAGAUCAAGAGCCACAGGAUCUCUUUGCAGAUGCCACAGUGGAGCUAUCACUGGACAGCACACAGAAUAAUCAGAAGAAGGUGCCAGCCAAAACACUCAUAUCUCUUCCUCCACAGGAAGCCACAAAUUCUUCCAAGCCCCAGCAAAGCUACGAGGAGCUAGAGGAAGAAGAACAGGAAGACCAAUUUGAUUUGACAGUCGGUAUAACUGAUCCUGAGAAGAUAGGGGAUGGUAUGAAUGCCUAUGUAGCCUACAAAGUUACAACACAGACGAGCUUACCAAUGUUCAGAAGUAAACAGUUUGCAGUGAAAAGAAGAUUUAGUGACUUUCUGGGUCUUUAUGAGAAGCUGUCAGAGAAACACUCUCAGAAUGGCUUCAUUGUCCCUCCUCCACCUGAGAAGAGCCUAAUAGGAAUGACAAAAGUAAAAGUCGGGAAAGAAGAUUCCUCUUCUGCAGAAUUUCUUGAAAAACGGAGGGCUGCUCUAGAAAGGUACCUUCAGAGGAUUGUGAACCACCCUACCAUGUUACAGGACCCUGAAGUCAGGGAGUUCUUGGAAAAAGAAGAGCUGCCACGUGCUGUGGGUACCCAGACAUUGAGUGGCGCUGGUCUCCUCAAGAUGUUCAACAAAGCCACAGAUGCAGUUAGCAAAAUGACCAUCAAGAUGAAUGAAUCAGACAUUUGGUUUGAGGAGAAGCUCCAGGAGGUAGAGUGUGAGGAGCAGCGCUUACGGAAACUGCAUGCUGUUGUAGAAACUCUAGUCAACCAUAGGAAAGAGCUAGCGCUGAACACGGCCCAGUUUGCCAAGAGUCUAGCCAUGCUUGGGAGCUCAGAGGACAACACAGCCUUGUCACGGGCGCUCUCCCAGCUGGCUGAGGUGGAAGAAAAAGUUGAGCAGCUCCACCAAGAACAGGCCAACAGUGACUUCUUCCUCCUUGCAGAGCUCCUGAGUGACUACAUUCGCCUCCUGGCCAUAGUCCGAUAAGCGGUGGCUCUGCCCUGGUAAGAGCUCUUGCUGGCUUCCACUUGUCCUCCAAUGUGAGCAGUCAGGUAACUACACAGAACCGGCUUGGCAUUGCAUGGAGGAGUGUGGCCAGGGGCUGAGAGAGCUUGUCACCAGAGCCCUUUGUGUGCUGUGCUGACCACACUGGUAACAACACUGCAGCCUGCCCCUCAGGUCAAGCACCUCACCUUUUCUCCUGGUGACCAGGACACUGGUUUCCCAUGACCUCUCGGAGCAGCCCAGGAAGCUUCACUGGGAAGUGGGAUUAGCUCUCGCAUGACAUCCCUGAGACAGAGGAAAGAGCCCUGUAAGGCCUGCGUCUGCCUCUGAUCUGACGGGCCUAGAAUGAAUGAGCCUCUGAGUUGCUACGGAGCCCCCUUCACUCCCCAUCCCCCCAUCUCCCUGCGCAGAGGCUCCUGUGCUGUCAGGAGCCGAGCUGCCAGGGCUCCAUUUCCUCUGUGGGCCUGCUCAUUGUCCUGUCACUUUGCGUUUUGGUUUGCUAACCCAGGGUGAUGAGAGCUGGAAAGAUGACCUGCUUUGGAAUUGUUAGAACUGGUCAGACUGCUUAGACUGGAGAGCCAUUCCAGGGAAGAGCACUCUCUGGGGAACCUGUCAGAGAGGAGCAUUGUUUGGGAUCCCUGGAGGGCAGAGCUUGGAUAUGGUGCCUGGACAGGGGCAGCCUCUGUGGACAGGGAUGAGGGAGGCCUGGCCUAAAGCUCCAGUUGCUGGGGCAGCAGGCCUCAGAGCGCAGAGCUGCCAGCUGGGCUUUUCCCUGAGACUUCGCCUGCCCUCCUCAUGGUCAUGAGCUGGUGGUGAGAAUAGAAAGGGAGCAGAUUUCCUCUACCUCUCCCCAAAGCUGGGCUGUACCGCUGUGAGCCCUGGGGUUAGGCUUGAGUCUUACUUGGGUAUGAGGUCACCCUUUACCUAAUCCUUUGACUUUGAGCUGUUAAGAAAUUUCAAGUGAUCCUAGUGGCACUGCUGGGGAAAGUAAAUUUGGUGUCAUCUCACUCCCUGAGGUUCAAGUUUCUGCAAAGCCCUGUACCUCGAAAACCUCCAGGGAACUUGUUGUGCCAGGAAGGGGAGCAAAUGGAACAGGGCUGAGAGGCUGGCCACAGGCGCACAUCUCUCCCCCAGGCUGUGUCUGGAAGCCUGCAAAGCCAGUGGGGAUGUGGGAUGGUUUGGUUAGGCCAACAACUGUCGUCUGGAAAUCUUGAUUGUGGGCAGGUGACUAGAACCAGGGAAAACCAUCAGGUGGAUUUUAGGGGCUUUUUGGGGCACUUGAUAGCCUAGAGCAAUUGAGUGUAUGGACGGGGCAAUAGCACCAUGUCCCUGAGGGGGCUUUCAGUGUUUAAAGAUCUGUUGAGCUAACCCUGUAUAGUAUGUGGUUGUCAGUUUAAAGGUUGCUUUCUUACGUUGGCCUUCCCUGAUAUAUCUCCCAGGCUAAGCUAGGUCCCCAGUUUAUUAAAGUACCUGCUUGUUUUCUCUGUACUCUGCAUACUUGUAACUACUUAUUGGUGAUUAUUAACAUAAUGUCGGCCUUUUCCAGUAGAGUAUAAGCUCCAUGAAAGGAAAGCCAUGUGUGCUUCAUUUCCCACUGUGUUCGUAGUUCCUGGCACAUGGCAAGCAUUCAGGAGGAGUGUGUAGGUUCAUGGACUGGCUGGCCUGAGGGAGGCGUUCAGCAGCUGUCGUACUGGGCACUGGACUCAGGCCGCCUCCGGUGCUCCCAGCCAUCCCGCCUUGGGAGUGGCAUGCAGCAGCAUGGCGCUGGCCGCCGGAGGCUGGGAGAGGAGUCUUACCCAAGCUUCUGCUUUUGACAUUAAACUUCAGCUGGGCACUAACACUGGGCUGCGAAACCUGCCCUUGCUCUGGCCCUUCCCUAGCCCAGCCACUGGGAGAGCCCCCAGGCGGAGCCGGUGGAGCUCCUGAGGGCUGGUUGUGCUCUUCCCCAACACCUCAC